AUGGCUUCGUCAAUCCCGAGGCGCCCGCUGGGCAGCACCGGCCUCGAGGUCUCCAUCCUCGGCUUCGGAGCGUCCCCGCUCGGCGGCGUUUUCCACGCCAUUGACGAGUCAGUGGGCGUCCAGGCCGUGCACGAGGCCUUUAAACAGGGGAUCAAUUUCUUCGACUCCUCCCCCUACUACGGCGCGACCGAGUCCGAGCGCGUGCUCGGCCUGGGCCUCAAGGACCUCCCGCGCGACAAGAUCGUCGUCGCGACCAAGGUCGGCCGCUACGGCCCCGAGGAGAAGGAUUUUGAUUUCUCGGCGGAUCGCGUGAAGCGGAGCGUAGCCGAGUCCCUCGCGCGGCUGCAGAUCCCGUACAUCGACAUCAUCCAGUGCCACGACAUCGAGUUCGGCGACCUGGACCAGGUGAUCAACGAGACGCUGCCGGCGCUGCACGAGCUGAAGCAGCAGGGGCUGGUGCGCCACGUGGGCAUCACGGGACUCCCCCUGGGGAUCUUCAAGUACGUGCUGGACCGCGUGCCGGCGGGCACGGUCGACACGGUCCUCUCCUACUGCCACAACUCCCUCAACGACACCGCGCUCUCGGACUUCAUGCCCUACCUGAAACAAAAGGGCGUGGGCGUGAUUUCCGCGUCCCCGCUGUCGAUGGGGCUUCUAACGCCACAGGGGCCGCCCACGUGGCACCCCGCGCCGGAGGAGGUGCAAGCGGCCGCGAAGCGCGCGGCCAAGGUCGCGGAGGCGGCCGGCGCGAACAUCGCGCAGCUCGCGAUCCAGGACACGCUGCUUUGCGAGGGCGUCGCGACGACGCUGGUGGGCAUGUCGGACCCGGAGACGUUGAAGAGAAAUGUGGACACUGUGCUCGAGGCGGUGGCGGCGGGCGGGGUGCCGGAGGCGCACAGGGCGGCCCUGGCGGCGGUGAAGCAGGAGCUCGCGCCGGUCCACAACGUGACGUGGCCCAGCGGCCGGCCGGCCAACAGCAGCCUCCCCUACUAG